AUGACCUAACUUAUAUCUUCCUUUCCAUUCUUGCAGUUCCCUUGUACUCCCAGGUUUUAAGGCAUGGUGAGAUCUUCAAGAGCCCGAAACGUCCCAGCUCGUCGACGUAGGUUAUCUUCAUCUAAGGGACGUUCCUGCUAUUGGAAGACAAAACAAAUAGGCGAACAGACUGAUUUGCCGUCGGCCUGUGAGAAAAGAGAAUGGAAAGGUGCUACUUGCCCAGUGUGCUUGGAGCAUCCACAUGAUGCCGUCCUCCUCCUCUGUACUGCUCACCACAAGGGUUGCCGACCAUAUAUGUGUGGCACCAACUACCAUCACUCUAACUGUCUUGAGCACUUCAAAGAAGCUUAUGCGAAAGAGAAAUUAGCCCUUGGUGUUUCUACCGAGUCUGCACUUAGCCUUCCCGCAGACAAGCAGCCAUCUACAAUGGAACUUGCAUGCCCUCUGUGCCGUGGGGAGGUCAAAGGAUGGACUGUCGUUGAACCAGCCCGUCAGUAUCUCAACCGCAAGAAGAGAGCAUGUGUGCAUGAUGGCUGCUCAUUCGUUGGUUCAUAUAAAGAACUUUGCAAGCAUGUGAACUCCAAGCACCCUUCAGCAAAAGCUCGUGAAGUUGAUCCUGCACUUGCAAGCGAGUGGAAGAAGUUUGAAUGUGAAAGAGAGCGCCAGGAUGCAAUCAGCACUAUCAGGGCUUCCAACCCAGGAGCUGUGAUUAUGGGGGAUUAUGUCCUUGAAUUGAAUGGCGGCAGCAACAACACUAUGUUUGCUGAUGGGGAUGAAUUUGAGUUGGAUGAGAGACUCGGUUUCUUCACGUCUCUCGAUCGCACUCUGAAUGAGAGGAUUGACUUCUAUGAGUCCUCAGAGGGUAGUUUGGAUGAGAGCAUUGACUUCCUGGCAUCCUUAUUUAGCCAUAGCAGGCGAGUCGCAAGUGGAGACUCACACAGCAGGGCUCACAGAAGGCACAGGGAGAGACCUAGGCGUAAUUUCUCAACUAAUGCAGUUGGUUCUUCUGAUAUUCAGCAAGAAUCAGUUAGCACUCAAAGGGUACAGCGAAUUGGUGCUGCUCGAGCCCCUGGGAGAGCUCCACGGCGGCACCAUUCUAUGGUGACUCAUGUACGGCCAACACGUGAGAACUUAGAUUAAAUUUCCUGAGGGGUCUGUCCAUUCUAUCCAUGCGCGAGUUAGGCAGAAAUAAUGCAGCUGUGAUGGGCGAUGCUACCUGGUUCUCCGAGGUUCAUCAGUCUUGUUUUUCUUCCUUUGGCUUUGUUUCAUCGCUGAGACAGCAACAGUGGAUACAGGUUGGACUGAGAUCUCUGUUGUGGCGAUGUAUAUGCUUUUGCAUACAAUUGGGGCCAAAGCAGCGCUGUUUUUCCUGUGCUGCAUUGCAUGGAUUUUGAUGGGAAUGACCUUGCAUUUCUUUCUUGAUCAAAGUAAACCACGGACAGAUUAUUAUUUAGCAAUUGCUGCUACUUGUGUCAUUUGUACCAUUGUGUCGUGCUGGAUUGCAUGGCUGAUUUGAUUUGCGAGCUUAUUAUCCAUGUUGAAUGUUGUUGAUGGUUUUAUUGUAUAUCAAAGCUGUUGCUGGCUAUCUUUGAGUCAGGGAGUAAAACAUGCAGCCUGCGGGUGUAUCAUUUAGUA